AUGGCUUCUUCCUCUUUUACCUUCGAGGUCCCUAGUCCCCCCUCUCUGAGGGGAACCCGGAUGCGUACUCGUCAGGUCGAAGGCGCCGCCGCCGCUUCGGAUGAUGCCGAUAGCAAAGGUGGGCGUUUCCUGCGAAAGCGAGCUCGCGUGGACUACACUUUCGACCAGCCCGACGACGAGGAGAACCAAAACGCAAAAAGUGCGCCCAUCACUACGCGCGCUCUAAAGCGACGCAAGACUGACGUCGCCACCAUUGACGCCGACGUGGAAGAUGAGGCCGAGGCUCGAAGCAAGCGACGCGCUUCCGAGCAGCCCCAGUCGUCUUCGUCCUUGUCGUCAUCACGCCGACGCAACCCUUCUCGAAAGUCUACCACUGUUGAGCCUCAGCCUUACGUCCCCGAGCAGCAGGGGGACGAUGUGCAAGACACCAUCGAAGUGGGAGGCCAUCAGAGCGACGAGUCUGAUCUCUCCGUCCACAAGCGAAGUAGCACUGGCUCUCACCCGGGCUCCGAGGCCCCACUUCGAAAUGUUAGCAACUCAUUCGAAGCUUCCCACCCUUCCCCAUCUUCUCAAACCGCACAGCCUCCUCCCUCAUCUCCCCCUUCUCAGUCCUCUCAGCCCUCCCAGCCUCAGACCAACAACAACCCGCCUAUCCAAGAAGCAACCAAAAAACCUGCCGAGCGCCAAGAGCCACAGGGCGAAGCGAAGGCUCCCGAGAGUUCCGCUUCGCACGCCCAACAUCAUCAAGUCAAUGGGGACAGUAAAGAUGAAGACGAGCCGAACUCUUUAGAGUAUCUCACGCCAUACAUCGCAGGCUCCCGCGUCUACUACCCCGACUACCCGGAAACCGAGCCUGAACCCGAACCUGAACCCGAGCCUAAGCUGGAGGCUGAAGUGGAAGCUGGACCAGAGGCUGAACCAGAAGCCGACCCGGAGGGUGAGGCUGAGGCUGAGGCUGAGCCAGAGCCAGCCGACCCAGAGGAGGAGGCUGAGCCGGACGCGGAUGCCGAAUUAGAGCCUGAUGCAGCGAACGAAAACGGGGCUGAAGAGGCUGCCGGUGAUGACCAGCCAGCGGCCGACGACCAGGCAGAUGGCGGUGCUGUUGUAGAAACCGACGCCAAUUCUCCCUCCGCAUCCGCAGAGGCAGCCAAUGCCAAUAACCUGCCCGUUGUGAAGAAAAAGUUUGCCUUUAAAAAAACGAGACAGGCAACUGACUUCACCCAACUGUUCACGGAUGUCAAGUCCUUGUCCCCCAACGAGCUACAUCGUAGGGUCGAAGCUGCAACCUGGGCCCUUGUCGCAUGGCAGAACGAGUAUAACGAACUGCGAAAGGUUACAGACGAUUACGAUAACUCGGUGCGCUAUCACAAGGAGGAGGAGUCAUUCGAGCGCCGCUUCAACAUGGCAGUCGGAAAAAACCCUGCAGCCAAUCCACUCCGGAAGGAAUUUGUCGUCAAGGGUAUCAGAGCCCCAAAGACGGAAGAUCCCUUAGUCGCAUAUACCCGUCAACAAGACAGGAUCAUGGCAAAUGUCUACGGCUUCGAGUACGACCCCAGGGAUGACAAAAUGGGCCAGCAGGAUCCCAUUGCCCAACGCACCGGCCUAGGUCGCAAUGGACGAUUACGCGAGAGGCCCAGACAAACCGCAAAAGCAGCCGAGGCAGACGAUCCCAAUAUCGUCCAAGGAAAGCGAACUAGAAAACCGCCGACGGCGCCUGAUAGGGGGUCGACCGUUAGUAGAGGAUCGACCCCGGCACCGACGCAACGCGGACGACGUCGUGGAAACCAGGCACCCGCCCCAGACGCAGAUGCUGAACAAACCCAAAAGCCUGCAGCGCCAAAUUCCGUGCCGGAGCCUGCCGACCAGGAAGCCCCGAAGAAGAAGGGAAGGGGUGGUCGCCCUCGCAAAAAUGCUAUCACGGAACCAGCACCGGAAAUCAAACCCACUCCAACAGCCGAAGAAGAGCAGGCCGAAGCGGGCCCCGAGUUGCACCCCGAACCGGAGUCCAAGCCGCAAUCCAAGUCGGGAGCUAAAGCAGGAGCUAAGCCGCAACAGAAGACCCGUAUCAGACUCGAGUCAAAGCCAAAGCCAAAGCCGGAACCCACGCCUGAGCUGACACCGAAAUCAAAGAGAGCAGCCGGCUCUGUUGCGGAAGAGGAACAGCCCUCCCGCAAGCGUAGACGCAAAGCGGCCGAACCCACCCUUACGCCUACUCCUCUCCCCGCAGACGAAGGGGAUGCGGCGGCGAACGGUACCAACUUGCAGGCUCCUACGAAAGUGACCCCACGAAAAAGAGCCUCCCGAAAGGCGGACAACCCGUCGACAUCCUUAAAUACGACGUCAUCUACGGCCGCGAACCAGGCCGACGAGCCUCGCCCUCUAACCGCUUCAUCGACUGCGACUGUUGAGACGGUGGCCUCCAACGGCUAUCAGCUCCGCGAAAAGCGUCAGAGGAAAUUCACCCUAGAUGUCAACGAAGAAGACGGGAUCGGUGAGCCUAAGACCAAGCGCGCCAGACGUGCAGCACCGAAGAAGACUGCCAAGGCCGAAGACAUCGCUCCCGCACCAGAGCCUGCUCCCCCCGCGCCGCGAGGGUCGGAGGCUGGCUCUAUACUCAAGCCUCAUACCAUAAUCAAGCUGAAGGUUCCCCAUCCACAUAAUGCCGCCCGUCCCACUUCAACACCUACUGCAUCCGGCACACCAUCCCUUGCUCCGUCCAGCCUCUCGACCGCAUCCCACGUGAAUCACAUCAACGGAACCAAUGGCAAUGUUCUCGCCAAUGGAAUUCACGAAAACGGUGUCGUGGCCGACGGAGAAUCCGGUGCAGUGGACCCUACGAAGGAUUACAAUUCCAUGACGAAGUCCGAGAAGAUGUCAUUCUCCAUGAAAGCUCGAUGGGCAUCGGGAUCGAUGGGCACCGCCGUCGCAAAACGACGUGCCACCUUGGCUGCCAAGAAGCAGAGCGCCAGAACGCCUGCGCCUAACAACGCCGAAAACCAAGCGCCGACAGCCGCGUAUGCCCUCGAGAACCACAGGAACCAUGGCCCUGGCGGUAUGGGGCAACUAUAA